CUGCUGCUGUUAUUGUCACCUCCGUGCUGGCUUUGCUGUGUGGCAACCAUGGCCUAUCGUCUUCCCUCGUGGUGGAAUGGAAGCCCUUGGUGGAGCCGUGCGUUGGUGCUAUCUGCACACGUGGCUUUGACCAGCACCCUGCCAUCAUUGGCAUUUGUGCUUUGCAGCGAUCAAGGAGCCGCCGCACCUGCUACACCUGUCAUCACCAGAGAGGUCGCUUUCGUGACAACAACAAGCGAUGUGGCUGCAAGUCUUCGAGGGGUGGGACAAGGGCUUGAAGGAACUUGGCGUGGAAGGAAGGCAGCGGGCGGCGGUGGUUUGACCAUGAUUUUGAAGCGAAAGAUGAGGAAGCGAAGGAAUUCAUCAGGAGAUUUCUUCGUGGACGAAAGCUGCGUGGACUGUGAUAUCUGCUGCUGGAUGGACCCCCGUACCUUCAAGAGGUCGGGGCUAGGCGCUGUGGUUGCUUCGCAACCCAAAACAGAGGAGGACCGAAUGAGAGCGUUCCAAGCGAUGCUCGCGUGUCCCGCGGGAUCAAUCCGUGUCAUGCGGGGAGACAGACAGGUGAUCAAAGCUCUCGAGAGCUUCCCGUUACCUGUGGACGAAGAGCGCCUCCCCGGCAUAUACCAGCUUGGUCCCACUACCCGCGAGUCCAUGGGCAACACCCCGUACCUCAUCGUGAGGCCGGGCAAGGGAAACAUCAUGAUCGACGUUCCUAGGUACCUGGAGCAGACGGCGGAUCAAGUGGCGGCCCUUGGAGACGUGAAGUACAUGAUCGUUACAGCCAGAGACAACGCCGAUGGGCACGAGAGAUGGAAGAAGAAGUUUCCGGGAAUGAUCCGCAUCCUGCACCGGUUGGACCUAGCCCGCAAGACGCGUAUCAUGGAAGAGAGGCUGGAUGGGAAGGGGCCCUGGUACCUCGUUGAAGACGGCUUUGAGUCGCCGGAAGACGGAUACGUUACUGGAGACACGGCGAGGUUCGACUUCCUCGAGGUACCCGACGAGGACUGCGCUCCGUAUGACCCCACCGUCAAGAUCGUCGGCAUUCCGGGACAAACAAGAGGGUCGAUCGGGGUCAUCGUGGAGUGGGGAAAGAGGAAGAGGGGGGGUAAGGAGAGGCUCGGCUUCACCGGGGGUACGGUGGGGAUGUCGGUGGAGAAGCAGAACUUGGAUACGUUUACUCGAACCUUGGAGACCGAUCGGGCAACACUAGCAUCUUCCGUGAGAUUAUUAUCAAAGGAGGGCAUCACCUGGCUCAUGCCAGGCAGAGGUGCGAGAGUGAUGUACAGGACGAGAAAGGAGGGCAAGGCUGAUUUGGAGAAAGCGGCCGAGAGGACGGAGGCGUUGCCGAACCUGGCGGGAAACCGUCUCCUCUUCGGCACGGAAUUCUUGUGACGGAUCGAACAGUGUCAUCAGAAGAAAUCGACACAAGUUUUUCUUUUCAUCAAAACAUUUCUUGUGACGGAUCGAAUAGCGUCGUCAGAAGAAAUCAAUACAAGUUUUUUUUGUACCAUCAAAACAAUUCUUGUGACGGAUCGAAUGGUGUCAUCACAAGAAAUCUACUGAAGUAGUUUUUUUUUUUUAUCGAAUCAAAUUCAAUCUGUAUGCACAGACGAAGAGUCAAGGACACUUAGCAAGAGGGCGAAAGUGUUCUUCUGUGGCUUAGCAAGAGGUCAUAGCAUUGCGUGACCUAUGCAUACCUGUAGUGCUGCUGCUGUUCUCUGAGUAACAUGAAGUGUUUCUGUUAACAGCUAGCUCAUUUGUUGUGUAUCCUCAGC